AUGUUUGGUCUAAUUUCUUUGCUUUACUCUGUUGUUCUGAUUCUAAAUGCAUUUAUAAUUCUCGAUGAUAGAAGAUUUCUGAGCAGGAUUGGCCUAUCGCUGCGCAAGGAGCAUAGAUCUGCGCUUCAUCCGACAAACAGAAAGAUUGUUGAGGUAAUAGCAAUGGUCAAGACAUUGGAGAUUCCAUUAGUUGCAGCAAACAUACUGUUCAUGAUCUAUGAGUUGUUUUAG